AUGGAUUCCGGUGCCGCCCUAGCGGUCAAGCUUACGGAUGAGGAGUGGCACGACAUUUUGCCAAGAGACGCCGUUUUGACCAUCGUCAUCACCGGGGGUCAUUGCGAUACUGCCACUGAAUGGAAACGAGACAGCAGAACCGCCAUGGUUGUCCGCUUAGAAGAUAUUGAUCGGGCUCUUUCCCGGGUGGCGAGAACGUAUCGCGCAACUUCAUUCGCCUCACGAGCAACUCUGCAUACGGCAAUGAGGGCAUCUUCCGAAACCCUUGAUGCUGCCACCCGGCAUCUACGAGAAGCGUACACCAUCUUACUGCUUGCCGACAUCAAGACAUACGUCGAGGGCAUGCGCCAAGUUGUCGAAGAUCGGAAUCAGGUGAACAGCUCCAUUUGCCAAUAUGCAUCGCGCGCCGCGUAUUGCGCCGCGGAGCAGCUGAAGGUCCUUGAGGCAUGGCUUGGGGAGGAGGAGAUCGACAUAAUCGAUGACAAGAUCUGACUCUGGGACUCGGAACGCCGGUGUCCUAUCAACUUCUUCGACUCAGCCCCCUCCGUCGACUGCUUGCGGAAAAUUCAUAAGGAUAGGCGUGGGUGCGGUUUGGCCGUUUGGUAGAUGAGAUUGAGGGGUAUGGCAGAGUACGACUGAUGCUGUGGGUGGUGGACAAAAGAGAUGAAGCCAAGCUUGUUGGAGAGGAGCAUGUCAAGUACAUGAGGGAGCAGAAGAAGAAGGUUCCCUCAGCAGCUUGAGCGGGAAGACACUUCAAGACUUCCCCUUCUGGCCUCGAAAGGGCUCGACAACCUGCAGGUAUUUCUUGCUCUUUGCUACAGUCACAUAGUGCUCUCACAGAGGCG